UUAGCCAUUUCUGGUUAGCAACGCUAUAGAGAGGCUCAGGAAUCAUCGUCAACUUUAGCGAGCUACCAUGGCACAGGCAGCGCAGGCGAAUGUCUUCGACGCAAAUAACUCUCAGAUUCAGGUGGAGCACGAUAAAAAGCGCCGGCAGUUUGUUAUAAGACUGAAUGGAUCACAUGAUCGUGCUGUUCUUCUGUACGAGUAUGUUGGGAAAAAGACAGUGGACUUGCAACACACUGAAGUUCCAGAUGCUUACAGAGGGAGAGGAAUUGCCAAGCACCUGGCCAAGGCAGCCAUGGAUUUUGUGGUAGAAGAGGAUCUGAAAGCCCACCUGACCUGCUGGUACAUUCAGAAAUAUGUCAAAGAGAAUCCUCAGCCUCAGUACUUUGAACAUAUUUAUCAAUGACCCCACAUGGCUCUGAAAGAGAAGAGAACAACAAAUAAACUCCCAGGAGAUAAAUACUGUGUGGCAGCAGCAGCAUGCUUUGGAGUUACAGGCUGAUAUAUAAAGGACCUUCCAGGCAUUGUUAAACAUAACAUUGAGUGAAUCCAGAGACAACUGAUCUCAUGGGGAAGAUGUCUGUGAACUGAAGGUUGGGUUGACAGACCAGUUAUGUCCAUAACAUGGGGAUGCACACUCACCAGAAACAGGAAGUGAAUCAGCUGGUCAUGACUUGUAAACAUGACCAAACCACCUAACCAAAACUGAAGCCUGUUACCUCAGACAGAAACCUCCAAGUUGUAUACCCACCACUGACUAUAUGCAAGUGUUAGGUAUGUAAUGAGAACGACGUAUGUGAGUCCAAUCCUAUGUUGCAAAUUCUCUGUCCUCCUUUGGACUCACUGGUUGUGAACAGCACUACAGGAUAAACGGCCCAGGCAUCUUUCUCUGUGAUGGUUUGGAUGGAAGCAACGGUGGCUUCACUGACUCUCAAAUGACGGUGACUUUUGUAUUUCAGUCCCCUUUUUAUAUUCUUUGAGUUUUGGGGGUUUUUUUCUCCCCACCCUUAGAAAUUAGGGCUAAUAUGCUAGUAUAGAAGUUGUGAAUGCUAAUUGCAUCUUUGAAACAAGCUAAUUUACCCCCCCCCCCCCCCCCCCCCUUGGUAACUGCAAAAAGAUGUAGGCAUAAAUAUGGUGGGUAACGGGUAAUUUUUUUUGUGUUUAGAGGGCAUUUCUUUUCCCAAAUUCUCAAUUUUGUUCCACUGUUUCUCUGUCUGCUUCCAUUCUUCCUGGUAACAGAAACUUACUGUCCAUUAUUGGAGUCAUAAAUUGAUAAAUCAAAGGUGCAGGGAUUUGUACACCAAAGAACACAACCUUCGAUGUCUGACCCAUUUUCUCCAUCGUACACGUUAAAUGUUACAGACACACGGUAAAUUGAGUCUGAAGCUUGUCACUGUGCAGCACAACACUUCAGUUUGGAUAUGAAUAAAUAUCUCUGCUGAAAAGCAGCUCUACUAUAUUCAGGGCAUUUACAUUCUAUGUUUUUUUUUCUUGUCAUUUGAUCAAUUUUUUUCUUACCCACAAGGUGUCUUUAGCCAACUAAUGAUAGAGGUCAUCAUUUUACUGACUAAAUGGGUUACUUUCCCUUUUUUGGCUCUUCAGGAGCUUUUGCUGUUGACAAUCUAAAGUGUUGAGAAAAAUACCUCAGGUUACUCAACACACUGUGUUGGCAGGGCAGACAUCAACAUGUAAAGCAGACCAUCUGCUUUAAGAAUCACAGAGAGGAAAUUGUAGGAAACUACUUUCCUUUUGUAAAACCAUCCCUUAGGUGGCACACACCUAUUUAUAGGCCAGGAUAUUUGAGGUAUUAUUUCAUUUUUUAUGUUUAUAUUUCUGUUUGUGUAUUUUCUUGAAAGGAAACAAAUACCUGAUUAAACAGUUUUGAGCAGGUGGUUCUACCAAAUGUGUGAAAAUGUACCAAUCCUUAACUGUUUUGUGCUUGAGACUUUUUUUUUCUUUCUUGUUGUCGAUAAGUAAAUAAAUCAAAUACUCAUCACAUUA